CAUGGGAGUGAGAACUGACAGAUAAACCUCUCAGGGGCUUAACAAAAGCCUUGCACCAGCUGAUCUACUACGAUGACACUGUGGACUUAAAAAGGAAAGCAGUAGCACUACUUCCUUUGGCUUUGCUGCAGGGAUUUUCUCAUACAGGAUACUUUUGAUGCUGGGGACAAGAAUUUGAUAUCUACAACUCAAGGACCAUAACAGAUCACAUGCAGUCUCAGCAACUUGCGGAAGUGGUCGGCGAUCCAAAUGGAUCCCGGAUUAUCUUAUCCAGGGAGCCUAGAGUUUCUUCAGGGCAGCAGAUGCUAACGUCUCCAGAGAUGACCCACGAGGUGGUCAUCUCCCCUGGACUCCCUACUCCUCCUCUGAGCCCCUACCGCUCUGCAAGGCUGCCAUCUGGAGAGUUCAAGAUCCCAGCGGUGAAUGGAAGUGGCCCAACAACUCUCAGCUUCGGAUCAUACUAUGGCCCCUCACAAUCACAUGGUGGACUGUCCAAUGGUGUCCAAGGCUCUGCCACUUUACCACGCAGCUGGACCCCAACCAGAGAGGAGAGGCUUAUCAAGUUCUCGGGAAUAGGUCCAGUGGAUGAAACUGGAAUGCCCAUUGCCUCCAGAUCCAGUGUGAACAAGCCAAGAGACUGGUACAAGAGCAUGUUCAGACAGAUUCACAAAAAGCCAGAGGAACCUGAAUUGGAGGAUUCAGAGCAGUGGUCAGCUGAACGGCUCCAGUUAUCUGCCAACGCAGAGGAAAGUAAUGACACAGACAAGAAUCUCUUCAGACUGACACCGUAUGGAGCUCUACCAGAUUGGAGUGAGGAUGUAGAUAAGCUGACAGACCCAGGAAAGCAGCACCCUCAACCCAAGAGCAUAUUCGACUUUGAGCCCGGAAAGAGCACCACUUCAGAGAGCCAAAGCCAGACUCAUCUGUCCCCGAAGAAACAGCCUGAGAAGCCAAAGUCCCCUUCAAUUGAGGCCAGUCUGGUCUCUGAGCUGAGUCGAUUUGAGGCUGAGCUGGACUCGGAGAUCCAGGGCCUGGAGAGGAGACUUUCCCAGAAGAAGCAGCGUCGAGGCCGGGGUGAGGAGGCCAGAGGCAGGGAACCAGUGACUGCUCCAAAGGCUGGAACUGCAAACUACAGCAAUUCAUCAGCAUCAAAGCAGCCUGUCCAUCGCUCUGUUGGCACGUCACUGGCUUCCGCUCCCACAUAUGUAGAACGUCUUUCCCCUGCAAAUGAAAGAAUGGAAAUCCCACCUAAGAAAGAAGAGAAAAAGGUGAAAGCAGCACGAGCCAAGUUCAGUUUCCAGGCUCAGUCACCAAAGGAGCUCACACUGCAGAAAGGAGACAUUGUCUACAUCCACAGGCAGGUAGAUGCCAACUGGUUUGAAGGAGAACAUCAUGGGAGAGCUGGCAUUUUCCCCACAUCCUAUGUGGAGAUUCUGCCUCCUACAGAGAAGCCAACACCUAUAAAGUCUCCUACUCUACAGGUGUUGGACUAUGGAGAAGCUGUGGCUUUGUUCAACUUCAAUGCUGACCUACCUGUUGAACUGUCUUUUCGUAAAGGUGAGGUGAUCAGUAUAACCAGACGUGUUGACGAUAAGUGGCUGGAGGGGAGGAUCUCAGGGACCAGCCGGAGUGGCAUCUUCCCGGCCAGUUAUGUCCAGGUCAACAAGAUGCCUCGUGUCAAAUACUCCACGGAUGACUACUCACCAGGCCCCAUGUCUCCCGUGUCCCCUGGACCCCAGAGUCCAGGACGACCACUCCACUCACCCUGUCCGCGGUCACCAUUGUCCCCUUUCACCCCCACUUCCCUCAGCCCCAAGCCUGAGCACUCCCCCCUAAAGCCGUCUUCACCUAUACCUUAUGGCAGCCCAGCUUCACAGUCACGCUCCCCCACCCAGACACCUGUACCCAAAGAAACGGCCAAUCAGUGGCCACACAGCACCUCCAAAACUGCUUCACCCACCAACCAGAACAACCACUGGUCUGGGACACACUCAGCUAACCAGAGCUCCACAACUAGAGCCGUUUCACCUUCCACUCAGUCGUCUGCGUCUGCACACAGAGCAGGAGCUACCACAGCGAACACCCCCCGAUACACUGAUCCCUUACAGGGUGCAAUACCAAACAAGGCUGCUCCAUCUAAUCCACAUGUCAACUCCCUGCCACAAACACAAGUCCCAAACAACCCUGGUUCAACAGUGGUGCAACACCAACCAUAUAAAGCUGUGUAUAACUACAAACCACAGAAUUCAGAUGAGUUGGAGCUCAGAGAAGGAGACAUUGUACAAGUGAUGGAGAAAUGUGAUGAUGGCUGGUUUGUAGGUACGUCAGAACGGACUCGUGCUUUUGGGACUUUUCCCGGGAAUUAUGUGGCACCAGUUUGACUUCCUCACUUCCUGCUUGCCCACAUCCAUCUCAUAAGAGCCCAACUAAUCACUCCAGCUCACUCCAACAGAUCCUGCUUUGACACCCCAGCAUUUCUUCAUCCCAUUACCCACCACACCCCCAAACCUGGUUUAGUCAGACCCGCAUGGUCAGUUUGUUUCCCACAACAGAGGUGAAGGGAGGGACAUUGUGUGGUUUCUCACCUCCCUGCAUGAGUGUGUGCAUGUGUGUGUGUGUGUGUGUGUGCGUGUGUGUGUGUGUGUGCGUGUCUUGCACUGAGACUUGGAAAGUGUUUUCACACACACCACUUGAGAGGAAAGAAUGAAUGCUGAUGAUACUGUUUCAGAUGCGAAGAAUGGUCUUUUUUGUUCCACAACUAUUUGCAGCUGCAGGAAAUUUGCAUUCCUUCCCACUGAACAGCACUGUUCCUUCUGAGGUCCUGAUACAGUGUGAUGCUGCAUUCAGCUUUUUGUCACCACAGUGCCAUCACGAACCGCUGCAGAGAGUUUUGAAUGAGGAUGGCACAUUUUUCUAGCAUUCUGUUGAAUUAUUAAUGUUUCCUUCAAAUAUCCCUCCCCUCCCCAGAUUUUCUUUCAGAUCUCUGAAAAUCCCCAGGGCAAGUUUGAGAAAACAGCAUGAACGUCUGUGCUUUAAGUACAGCACAGUAAGGGCUCAGACAUGUCAAGAUAAGUUUACAGCCUUCUACAAGGCUUUGCAGAAGAACAAAUAUAAUUGAUGCCUGUAUUGGUUUCUUAAGGAAGUUGUUUAUUAUAGAAUAUUUGGCUAUUUUUUUGGAUGACAUUUAUCCCUCGUAAGCCAAGGAGAGGAACGCCAAAGGUUAAAGUAAAGGUUAAAGUUCUGUGCUGAAAUAGAAGUUGCUUUGCUCUGAAAUGAAAUUUAAAACCUCUGCAAGUUGUACAAGAUCAUCUGUGUUGAACAGCUCUAACUUAAAUCUAGCAUGUAGCAAAUGGUUGAAUGAUAUUUUCAAGUAUUUGAAGUAAUGCCAUAUGUGCCAAGUCUAACCUUUAACAGCAUUUUUUUUAUAUCUCCACUGAACAAUCCCAGCUCACUUUGUUUGCUAGUACUGCUUUUACAAUGCUCAUGCUCACUCCGAAAACAGUAUUCAGAAAAUCACUUAUGUUUGUGCCAGUGCCGCCUUUGAUGAGUCUGAUCUCUCUAAGCCUGAUUAGAAAUCCUCAUCGUGAAGUCAUUUUGCUAUUUUAUAUAUUCAUGAUUUCACUGUAAAAAAAAAUUUAGUUGACACAGGAGAAGAUUGUACAGACUGUAACCUUUUAUCAAAAAUUGAAAGUAUAAUAUAUAUUUGCUUAUAAAACAAUGUAUCUCAUAUGUAUGGUACGCACUUUUUUUUUGAAGCAAGUAGACAUUACAGAGUGAUAUUGAAAGGA